CAAACUAUUGGUAUAAAAUGCCGUUUAUCCAGAAGGAAAUCAAACAGUUCAACGAAGGAUUUUGAAACAGUCACAAGCUCUCUUUCCUUAACCAAAGUCCAACAAAAUACUCAAAAUGUUGAAGGUGUUCUGCGUUCUCGUUCUGCUAGCGGUUGUGUCUGCACUUCCUCCAGCACCACUUGCACCUCAAAUGCCAAUGCAGAGGAUAGCAAGACAAGCACCAGCUCCUGCUCCAGCUCCAGCACCAGCGGCACCAUCUGCGGUCCAGGAAGAGGAUCAGGACAAAUCGGCUGCCGAUGAUAUGGAGAAGGCGGAAACAUUUGGAUUCGGAUUCCACAAGCACUAUCAUCACGGAUAUCCCAGCUACCGAUCGCUGUAUGCUCCCAUUGGCUACGGAUAUGGAGGCUAUGGACCAUAUGGCGGUUACGGAUAUGGCGGAUACGGUGGAUACGGAUAUGGUGGCUAUGGAUAUGGUGGAUAUGGAGGUUAUGGAGGAUUCGGGGGAGGCUAUGGGGGAUACUAUUAUUAGAUUAAAUAAUAAAAUUUA